UUCCGCCCUUGGUUCCGCCUUUCCCACACAGUACCUCUUCUGUUUUUACCUCCACUUUCUUCCUAUUGGCUCCUUUAGCAGAGUUGGAGCUUUGGGCUGAUGAUUGGCUUCUCUGAACGCCCAUUGUGCCCGCCCUCAUACCACGUGGUAUUCCUAGCGCUAAUUGGGCAAUUCCACCAGCUCUUUUUUUUCAAGGAUUAACGAUUGAUUGGCUGUCCUGAGGGAGGGCUUGAGGUGAAGGGCGGAGCUAACUAAACCCCGCCCCAAACUCCUCUGCCCGGCGGGGCGGGCGUUUCAGUCGCUCGCGGCCAGGGAGCCUAGAGGCGCUCCCAGCUGCCCUCUUUGCCUCUCCGGCCGGAUCAUCCUCCUGGCCACGCCGAACAAGCCGGGGGAGCGACCCCGUCUGCGGGGUCAUGGCAGUAGCCUCCUCGACCUCCGCCGCCGCUGGCCCCGCCGAGUCGCCGGCUUCUGUGAGAGGGACCCCCACCGUCUCCGCAGGCUAAGAGCCGCUGCCGCCUCCGAGUAGUGAGGGCUACUAUGCUCCCUCUUUGCCUCCGCCUCCCCCUCCCGCCCGCGCAGGCACCCCUCUCGCUGCUCAGUCCCGCCUCAGAUUUUUCCUUUGAUGUCAACUUUGUAAUGUAAACUAUAGAAGAGCCUGCCCUAACCCAGGAGCCUAACUUCCUCUAUUCUCUUGAUUGCUUUUUUCCCCAGUCUCUUAAAUAGCCUUCUAACUCAAAAGAAGAGUGUCAAGCCAGAAGAGAAGUAAAACUCAACAAAAACUUAUUAUGUAUGGAAUUCAUUCUUAAAAGAAGAAAAAAGUGAUUAUUGAAGACUAUGGAUCGGAGCAAACGGAAUUCAUUUGCAGGAUUUCCUCCACAUGUGGAGCGUCUUGAGGAUUUUGAAGGAGGUGGUGGAGGGGAUGGGAACAUGACCCAAGUGGGAAGAAUUUGGCCCUCCUCAUAUCGAGCUCUUAUAAGUGCCUUUUCCAGACUGACACGUUUAGAUGACUUCACCUGUGAAAAAAUAGGGUCUGGCUUCUUCUCUGAAGUGUUCAAGGUGCGCCACCGAGCUUCCGGCCAGGUGAUGGCUCUUAAGAUGAACACGUUGAGCAGUAACCGGGCAAACAUGCUGAAAGAAGUGCAGCUCAUGAAUAGACUCUCCCAUCCCAACAUCCUUAGGUUCAUGGGUGUGUGUGUACAUCAAGGACAGUUGCAUGCACUCACAGAGUAUAUCAACUCUGGAAACCUGGAACAGUUGCUAGACAGUAACCUGCAUUUGCCCUGGACUGUGAGGGUGAAACUGGCUUAUGACAUAGCAGUGGGCCUCAGCUACCUUCACUUCAAAGGCAUUUUCCAUCGGGACCUCACCUCUAAGAACUGCCUGAUAAAGAGGGAUGAAAACGGUUACUCUGCAGUGGUGGCUGACUUUGGCCUGGCUGAGAAGAUCCCUGACGUCAGCACGGGAAGUGAGAAGCUAGCUGUGGUGGGCUCACCCUUCUGGAUGGCACCUGAGGUUCUCCGAGAUGAGCCCUACAAUGAAAAGGCGGACGUGUUCUCUUAUGGUAUCAUCCUCUGUGAGAUCAUCGCCCGCAUCCAGGCUGAUCCAGACUAUCUUCCCCGAACAGAGAAUUUCGGGCUAGACUAUGAUGCUUUCCAGCACAUGGUGGGAGACUGUCCCCCUGACUUUCUGCAGCUCACCUUCAACUGCUGUAAUAUGGACCCCAAACUACGCCCAUCCUUUGUGGAGAUUGAGAAGACCUUGGAGGAAAUUCUGAGCCGCCUACAAGAGGAAGAGCUGGAGAGGGACAGGAAGCUGCAGCCCACAGCCAAGGGACUCUUGGAGAAAGGACCUGGGGUGAAGCGACCGAGCUUACUGGAUGACAAGAUACCUCCCAAGUCCCCACGCCCAAGACGUACCAUCUGGCUGUCUCGAAGCCAGUCAGACAUUUUCUCCAAUAAGCCCCCACGUACAGUGAACGUCUUGGAUCCCUACUACCAGCCACAACAAGUUGGUGCUGCCCGAGCCCCCAAAAUCAACCCUUUUAGUGCUCGCCAGGACCUCAAAGGUGGCAAGAUCAAGUUCUUUGACCUGCCCAGCAAGUCUGUCAUCUCCCUGGUAUUUGACCUGGAUGCACCAGGGCCUGGAACGAUGCCUGUGGCUGACUGGCAGGAGCCCCUGGGCCCACCUGCUCGCCGGUGGCGUUCUUUGCCUAGUUCACCUGAGUUCUUGCAUCAGGAGGCUUGUCCAUUUGUGGGCCGGGAAGAAUCACUAUCUGAUGGGCCCCCACCAUGCCUCAGCAAUCACAAGUACAGAGUAAGGGAGAUCGCACCAUUCCGAGCAACUGCCCAGCCAGCUGCUCCAGCCCAUGAGGCCAUGGACUGCUCCAACCCUCAGGAAGAAAAUGGUUUUGGGCCCAGGCCCCAGGGCAUCAGUCCAUGCCUUGCAGGUGCCCCUGAGGAGAUGGAGGUAGAAGAAGAAAAGCCAAGAGACUCGGCUCCAGUCCCCUUCUCUGUCUCAGGCAUGGGCCUGAGGACCCAGGGAGAGCAGGAUGGGUGAGCAGAGUUCAUCCCCCUCACCUUGGGGACAGACCUUCAGCUGAAGCCACAGGGCCCCCUUGGCGCACAGCCUAGACUCUUCCCGGGGGCCCACAGAACACGCAGGCUAAGCCAAGCCAGACUCAUCUGUGAGGCUCCCACUGCCCAGUGGCUAUGUGAGGUGAGGCAGCCAUGAGAGGCCUUCCUAGUUAGGGCCAAUGGCUGAUACGAAGCCUCUGAAAUCCAGCAAGGAGCUCUGGCUCCCACCGGAUCCCCGAGACUUCCCGACAGGACCAGAGGACUCCUAGUUCUAGUGUGAGCUGGCAGGCAGCUAUUACCCCAGGUUCUCCUACCCCAGGUCUGUUUCUUGCCCUUUCCUGGGGCAUAUAAGCUAAUGGAUGGAACCUGGAGCUGACCAGGAGACCGUAAAGGGCAUGGCUAUUUCUCAGACCUAAAGACUGGGGUGCUUCUUGCCAGAAUGUCUAAGACACUUGAAUAAUUGCUGUUUGCACUUACUGCAUGGUCAGACCAUGUCACUACAUUUCUAUGCAAGGCAAGGCAGAGUGGUGGUCGUGGCUCUCAGCUAACCUAUUCAAAGAUCUUUUCCAGUUGAUUAAUCUAUUUUCAUAUUUAUGAAGGAGUCUUAAUGUCCUGCCCUAAAAGACUUCCAACCCUGUGGUUGGGAGUGGGGCUGAUUUUGUAGGCCCUAGGGCCUGCUCUGUAUAUUUGUCAACACGAUACACCCCAACUGGUUUAUACGUGGACUGAUUUCUUCCCUUUCUGCUAUGGCUGGAGCUAUGGGAAUAGUCUGUCCUAAUAGAACCGCAAUAAGAAAUAACCAAAGAUGAAGCUGGUCAGAUAUUUUCAUAUCUUGUUUAUUUUUUUUUUUGGUAAAACUUUCCCAGGACACUUUGAGAUUUAAAAAUGAAUAAAGUCGGUGUUACAGGUG